UAGGAAUUUUUUUAUUUUUAGAUUCUAAAAAGAUAAACCUGUGUAUAUACCGUCACAGAAAAGGCAAGAACUUUCAUUUCCCAGAUUGUGCAAUUCUCCAUUUUCUACACUAUUUGACUCUCGAGUGGUAUAAUUUAGUCUUCUACUUCUAAUUCAACUAGGAUUCUCUUGAUUUAUAUGAAUCUGGUCGCUCACUAGUAUCCAGUUAACGACCAUGUCUAUCCAAUCCAAAGACCCAGUCUGCGUCACUGGAGCCAAUGGCUUCAUUGGCUCCCACCUGGUCCGGACCCUCAUAAACCAUGGCUACACCACCAUCCACGCCUCCAUCUACCCCUCCUCCGAUGCCUCCCAUCUCUUCCAACUCCCACCUUCCGCCGCCGACGCUAAUGUCCAACUUCGCAUCUUCGAGGCCGACCUACUUGACUACGACGCCGUUUCCAAGGCAAUUGAGGGUUGUCGCGGUGUUUUCCACGUGGCCUCUCCUUGUACGCUGGAAGAUCCCAAGGACCCACAGAAGGAGCUUAUAUUGCCUGCGGUGCAGGGGACGAUUAAUGUGCUGGAAGCUGCUAAGAACUUCAAUGUGAGGCGCGUGGUUCUCACGUCUUCCAUUUCGGCGUUGGUUCCUAAUCCUAAUUGGCCGGCCGGUAAAGUAUUUGAUGAAUCGUCGUGGACUGACCUCGAUUACUGCAAGUCUCGCCAGAAGUGGUAUCCAGUGUCAAAGACACUGGCAGAGAAAGAAGCAUGGGACUUUGCGCAGAAGCAUGGAAUAAAUCUGGUGGCAAUCCAUCCUGCUACGUGUCUAGGGCCACUAUUGCAGCCUGGUUUGAAUGCUAGCUGUGCUGUGUUGAAGCAAUUGUUGGAGGGAUCUGAAGACACUCAGGAAUAUCAUUGGUUGGGUGCUGUGCAUGUCAAAGAUGUGGCUGAGUCACAAAUUUUGCUGUUUGAGACUCCUAGUGCUUCUGGUAGAUAUCUCUGCACCAAUGGUAUUUAUCAGUUUGGUGAUUUUGCUGAGAGGGUUUCCAAGCUAUUCCCAGAGUUUCCUGUUCACAGGUUUGUUGGGGAAACUCAACAGGGCCUGACAGCUUGCAAAGAUGCUGCCAAGAGAUUAAUUGAGCUGGGGCUAGUUUUCACUCCAGUUGAAGAUGCUGUCCGUGAAACAGUGGAAAGUCUGAAAGCUAAAGGAUUCCUAAAGCACAAAGCGUCACAAUCAUAGUUUCUUUUGGAGCUGAAUUUAUUUUUUCACUGUUUCAUUAGUUGUUGCUAAUGAUGAUAGAAAUGAGUGUGCUUUUCUUUACUAAUUCAAUAAUGAAUAAUCCCCCUUUGAUCA